UUAAUUUUUCAUAUAUUUAAUCAAAGCAUCUAAUUAAUACUCUUCCUUCUUCGAUCUACUUCUUUCUCAGUUUCAGAGCUCUUCUCAUUCCCCCAAACUACACUAAACCUUUUUCUAUUUCUUCAUUUCUUCUUCUCUUUUAUUUUUUUUUUUAACCCUAAGUUAUUAUUAUUCAUUCACCUUGUGCCAUUUUCAUUUCAAUGAAGAACUAGUAAGAACAAACAAAAAAAUAGAGAAUCAAUUAUUUUUUUUUUUUUUUUUGUGAUUGAUUGGAAAAAUGCGAGUUAAGGAAAUGCACCCGUUGUGCUGCAUCUCAUUGGAGAGUCCAGGGAUCGGAAGUCAUUCACCAGAGCCAGACGCGGCGGCACUUUCAAGGACAAGGAGUUUACCGGCGAGUGGAUCUGACCGCAUUGGUCGCCGUGGAUCAGAGGCAACAGUUGCCGGUGUUCUUUACAAGUGGACUAAUUACGGUAAAGGAUGGAGAUCCCGAUGGUUUCUCCUCCGCAAUGGCGUACUUUCUUAUGCUAAGAUCCGGUGGCCGGAGAAUCUCAAUCUAUUCUCUUCAAUCGAUGAUGUUCGCUUAAUCGGAGAUGUAACUGCUAACCGUCUAGCUAGAAUGGAUAGAGACGCCGGAAACGCUGUUCGCCGGAAGAAUCAUAAACCUUCAUCUUCUUCGUCUUCUUCUCCAUCGGUGGUUCAUCUGAAGAUCUCAUCGUUUAGAGAGAGCAAAUCAGACGACAGAAAGUUCUAUAUAUUUACAGCAACAAAGACACUUCAUCUGAGAACUGAUUCAAGGAAAGAUCGUGUGGCAUGGAUACAAGCUUUGGUCUCAACUCGUAGUUUGUAUCCACUAAGUGGUCAUCAUCUAUUCCUUCCACCAUAUCAAAUUUCUGUAUCUACUGAGAGGCUUAAGAAACGAUUGCUUGAAGAGGGUAGCAGUGAGAAUCUUGUCAAGGAAUGUGAGCAAAUCAUGCUUGCAGAGUUUUCUGAAUUACAAGAACAGCUUAAAAUUCUUUGUCAAGAAAGAUCAAGUUUGUUUGAUACCAUUCGGCAGUUGGAGGCAGCUAACAUUGAACCUGAGGGCUCUGCCUUGCAUGACAGUGAAUACCAAUUAACAAAGAAUGGAUUUUCAAGUCUCGGCCGUGGAAAAUAUAGUGAAUGCAGUACAACGGAAUCAUCUGACGAUAUUGAGAAACAAGAGGUAGAGGAAGUGUCAGAAGAAGAUGAAAUCUCAUAUUAUGAUACUAGAGACUAUUUUACAGAACCUAGUUUUAGUUGUGGGUCAAAAGGAACUCUGGAUCAGGUGAAAAUGUCUGGGGAAGCUGUUAGACAAUGCAUUGAUAUGGAAAACAGUCAUGUUGAGACAAUGAUAUAUGAUGAUUAUGGGUAUCCUCAGGUAUCAAGGCGAAAAAAGCUUCCGGAUCCCGUUGAGAAGGAGAAGGGUGUUAGUCUUUGGUCAAUGAUCAAAGAUAAUGUGGGCAAAGAUCUUACACGUGUUUGCCUUCCUGUAUUCUUUAAUGAGCCAAUAUCGUCUCUUCAGAAAUGUUUUGAGGAUUUGGAGUACUCUUAUCUUCUAGAUAGAGCUUAUGAGCAUGGAAAAAAGGGAAACAGUCUACUUCGGGCACUGAACGUUGCUGCCUUUGCUGUUUCUGGAUAUGCAUCAUCAGAAGGUCGUCAUUGUAAGCCCUUUAAUCCCUUGUUAGGGGAAACUUACGAGGCCGAUUUUCCUGACAAAGGACUUCGUUUCUUUUCUGAGAAGGUUAGUCACCAUCCAACUGUGGUUGCCUGCCAUUGUGAAGGUAGAGGAUGGAGGUUUUGGGCAGACAGUAAUAUCCAUUCGAAGUUUUGGGGACGGUCAAUUCAGCUCGACCCAGUUGGAGUUCUGACCCUUGAAUUUGAUGAUGGCGAAAUAUUUCAGUGGAGCAAGGUUACGACAACAAUUUAUAAUCUUAUCCUUGGCAAACUGUAUUGUGAUCAUCAUGGGAAUAUGGAAAUUCGUGGUAAUCGCCAAUAUUCUUGCAAGCUGAAGUUCAAAGAGCAGACGAUUCUUGACCGAAAUCCUCGACAGGUAAAUGGAUUUGUUGAAGAUAAAAUGGGAAAAAAAGCAGCCACAUUAUUUGGCAAGUGGGAUGAUAGUAUAUAUUAUUUUGAUGGUGAUGUGAAUGUCAAGCAUAAAGAUUACACUUCGUCAAAUGGAACCUUGUUGUGGAAAAGGACUAAGCCACCACCAAAUUUGACUCGGUACAAUUUGACAUCAUUUGCCAUCACACUGAAUGAGCUUACACCAGGACUAAAGGAGAAGCUUCCGCCCACGGAUUCCAGACUGAGACCUGAUCAGCGGCAUUUAGAGAAUGGGGAAUACGAGAAGGCUAAUAUGGAGAAACAAAGAUUGGAAAAGAGGCAAAGAAUGUCGAGGAAAAUGCAAGAAAAUGGCUGGGAGCCUAGGUGGUUUCGCAAAGAAGGUGAAAAUGGAACGUUUCGAUAUACUGGCGGGUAUUGGGAAGCAAGAGCUGUAGGAACAUGGAAUGGAUGCCCAAAUAUAUUUGGUGAAUUUCAAGAAAGCAUCACUGAUACUUUUGAUGCCUCUUGAUAUUUGUUCAGAUGGAUGAUAGUGAAUGCAAAUUGAUUAGUCUGUGGAGGGUUUAUCUUGAACCUUCUUGCAUGGCGACGCCUUAUAGCAGCCUUUUGGUACAUUUGAAAAUGAGGCUCUUUGCUAGUUGGAAAAAGAUUUUCUGGAUUGACCCUGUGUUUCGACAAAAACAAUAAGGGAGGGAAUAGCAAAAUAAAUUCAAGCAAUUCUAUCUCAAAGUUGCUUUGUGGAAUUAAAUGACUUCAAUAGUUUAUGUUGCUGCUGAAGUUGUAAUUUUCUUAACCUAUUGGACAAAAGCAAUUAUCAAGUUCACAGUUCUUUGCUGUGGUCGACUGAGAAUCCCAAACCGAGGCUGUUAUUACUUCACUAGAUGAGCAUAUAUAUAUGAGCAAAGAAGAAUUAAGCUUAGCAAAAACAGUUGAUAGAUUAGGAUGUUGUGUUCAAUUGUCAAAUCUUAUUCUUGUUUUUAUAAAUUUUGUUAGUAUGUAAUUAUUUGAUGUAUUAGUAAAUGUAAGAUUAUCUUCCCUUUAAUAACAACUGACAUGGCGAAAGGCUGUAUAUCGAUUUAUUUCAUAUUUGUUUGCAUUUUCUAAUCAAUAAAUGGCGAGAUUUUUAUUCUCGUUUGGUUUUA